AUGCCGGCAGCUAAGGGUAAAGGAGGUAAUGCUAAAAGUUCUUCGAACACUCCUUCUGUCGCCGUUCCACCAGUCAGUAUUUCGAAUCCUGAUGACACUGUUCCUGCGGUUUCAACACCUUUAUCCGACGUUCAGCAACCUCAGAGUGAUUCCCAAAAUUCACAACCAGUGGACUCACAACCAGUGGCCUCACAAUCAGUGGACUCACAAUCAGUGGACUCACAACCUCAACCCACAUCACCAACUAACUCGCAACCAGCUGCACCUGAAGCAGUUACAUCAUCUCCCCAAAAAGCAGUACAACCAUCUCAAGCUACAGAUUCUGCAAUGAUUGCAACAACACCAACAGCAUAUACUGCUUUAUUAGCCCCAACAAAUACUAUCGCUCAAUCCAUGAAUAAUAAGCUUCUCGUUAAUUCUGUAACCGCUUUACCUAGUACUUCUCCGACCUCUGAUAAUAACAAUUCCUACGAUGGUUCAUCAAAUGACUUAUCAAAUGGUCAAAAUAAUGCAUUAAUAGGAAUAGUUAUAGCCCUUGUUGUUGUCGCAGUUGUGGUAUUUUUAACAGCAAAGAAAUUUUGCUUAGGCAAAUCUAGUAGAGAUAGCUACAGGAAAAAUGCGAAUAUCUUAGAUGAUAAUAGAGAAUUUAGUGUUGAAGAUUAUCAUAAAGAAAUAGGAGCUGUAAAUUCCCACGGCGAAUUUAGAGAAUUAAAUGCUGUAAAUUCUCACAGCGAAUUAAAUGUUGUAGAUUAUCAUAAUUAUAAUCGUUAUACUAAUAGUUAUAAUGAUUAUUAA